AUGUUAUCUUCUUCGCUCUCAUUCCUUCAUUCUUGCACAUUUCCCUCUUCUUCAUCUUCCUUGUUCACAAUUCCAACUCCAAGUCCCAAUUCUCCCUCUUCUUUAUCUUUUGUGGUUGAAGCCAAUUCUUCUACCCGAAGGGAAGACAGAACUGCUCGCCAUGUUCGUAUCAGGAAGAAGGUGGAAGGAACAACCGAAAGACCAAGAUUGUCUGUCUUCCGAUCCAACAAGCAUCUCUUUGUCCAGGUGAUUGAUGACACCAAGAUGCAUACACUUGCUUCAGUUUCCACAAUGCAGAAGACAGUUGCUGAAGAGUUCAACUACACUUCUGGCCCUACAAUUGAAGUAGCAAAGAAGGUGGGUGAGAUCAUUGCAAAAUCCUGUCUGGAGAAGGGAAUAGCAAAAGUAGCCUUUGACCGCGGUGGUUAUCCAUACCAUGGCCGUGUUAAAGCUAUUGCUGAUGCGGCUCGCGAAUAUGGCCUAGAUUUCUAA